AUGGCUGCCUCUUCUACUGGGAGAACCAUCGUCGUCGCGGUGGAUUUCGGCACCACUUUCUCGGGUAUAGCGUGGGCUCAAACAAGCAAUUCUACCACCGAAUCAUAUGAUGGAAUGACCAGCGAGAAGGUUCCCAGUGAGGUCUCCUAUGAGUAUACAAAGUCGGGUCCGAAGUGUCUGUGGGGCUUCCAAAUCCUGGACAAUAUGCCCCGACACCAAUGGAUCAAGCUCGGUCUUGCCCCUGAUCAAAAGUUGGGGCUCGGGACGCGAAUCUCAUCUUCAUAUGGAGAUUGUCGUCGUAUCUCUCUCCCAUAUCAUUCGACCCCUGCGGACGUCGUGACUGACUAUCUUCGGUCUCUACAAGAGCAUCUAUCCGUCAUUCUAAAGUCCAAAAUUGGCACUUCCCUGGACAGUACGAGUCUGAGCUUUGGUGGAGCGUCUAAGAUUCGUAUCAUCUCCGAACCGGAAGCUGCCGCUAUUCAUUCCCUGAGUGCAUCCAGUCCGCACGGCUUGGAAGUCGGAGAUACAAUCGUCCUUUGUGACGCAGGCGGCGGGACGGUCGAUCUCAUCACGUACUCUAUUAUCGAGCUGGUACCCAAUAUGCGGCUCAAGGAAGAAGCACCAGGGGCUGGAGCACUGUGCGGAAGCACCUCUCUUAACAGACGCUUCGAGGAGCUGCUGAACAACCGUCUGUCUUCUCUCCCCGAGUGGGACCGUGAUACGUUGGACGAGGCUAUGCAACGAUUCGAGAACGUCGGAAAACGAACAUUCAGUGGAAAUGUACAGGAUGACUUUAUAGUUCCCGUUCCUGGAAUAGCAGAUGAUGAGACAAUUGGGGUUCGUCGUGGUCGACUGCGAGUCACUGGACGAGACAUGCAGCAGCUGUUCUUGCCUGUGCUGCAAGAAGUCAAGGGCCUUGUAAGCGACCAGAUUACCACUUCUGAUGGGAAAGUCACAGCAAUUUUCUUGGUCGGCAGCUUUGGACAGAGCCCGUAUCUUCGCAAAUAUCUCCGUGAUGCCUUCUCCCCAGACAUCCAGGUUAUGGCCCACGUCGAUGGAUGGACGGCUGUUGUCAGGGGGGCUUUGGCGAAAACUCUUGGAGCUAUUUCACCGCUCGCUGUCCAAUCAUUUUGGAGUGAAAUCUACGGACAUUAUCGUAUCAGUGUUAUGCAUUGGUUCAUCUGCAAGGUAGAACAUGAUUGUCGGUUUGGAAACAAACUUUGGUUCAGUAUGGCCCGGUUGAUUCCAUACGAAACAUUCUCUAUGAGGAUGCGCCUCUUGGUGAACAGCCUCCUCUGUAUUUUAACCGCCGUGAGUGAUGAAUAUCCUUUCGCCCUGUAG